AUGGCAAUCAUCGCCGGAGUAAACAUAUCCGACAAUCUACGCGUCGUUAUCGGCCUCACCGGGAUUUACGGGAUAGGCCCGAAACGCGCCACCGAUAUCACGGCCAACCUCGGCAUCGCUUCGGGCACGCGCAUGCGUGACCUGAGCGAUGAGGAUUUGGCUGCGAUCAGGAACAGCGUCGAGCGCGCUGGAAUCGCGAUCGAGGGUGAUCUUCGACAUCCGAACGGCAACGUCGUCUCGCAAAGCAGUUCUGGAGCCAUGGGUUUCCGGGGCUCACGCAAGAAGACGGCCUUUGCCGCGCAACGCGCUGGGGAAACCGCGGCACGCUCCGCGGUCACCCACGGGAUGCGGACGGUGGACGUACUCAUCAAAGGUCCGGGCAAUGGCCGCGAAUCAGCGAUUCGCGCUAUCGCUGGAGCCGGUAUUCGAGUCAGUUCGAUCACCGACCAGACACCGAUACCGCACAACGGAUGUCGGCCACCGAAGAGACGACGAGUCUGA